GCGUAAGUCCGACGUACAGCCUUGAACAAUCCCUUCUAUACCCAAGGGAGAUGAAAACACCACCAUAGCGUGGAAUAAAUGGCCGUACUCCGAACACUCCUCUCUAUCAGCACUCCACUACAUUUACAUCAUCAUCAUCAAUUUCAUUUUCUUCAAAAACCAUUUCUAUUCUCUCAUUCUUCUCAAACCCUUAAACUUCACCCAAAUUCUCAUACAUUUCUCAAUCUCUCCUCUUUCUCCACUCACCGCUUCUUCACACCUUGCUGUUCUUCCUCUUCAAUGGAGGCUCCUCCCGAAGGUUACCGAAGAAAUGUCGGAAUCUGUCUCAUUAAUUCCUCUAAAAAGAUUUUUUCUGCUUCAAGACUCGAUAUACCUGAUUCUUGGCAAAUGCCUCAGGGUGGAAUAGAUGAAGAUGAAGAUCCAAAAAAUGCGGCCAUCAGGGAGCUCAGGGAAGAAACUGGAGUAACUUCAGUGGAAGUUCUUGCAGAGGUGCCCUACUGGCUGACAUAUGAUUUCCCACCAGAAGUUAGGGAGAAGCUCAAGCGUCAAUGGGGAUCAGACUGGAAGGGUCAAGCCCAAAAGUGGUUCCUUCUUAAGUUACUGGGAAAUGAAGACGAAAUCAAUCUAUUGGGCGAUGGCACGGAGAAGGCUGAAUUUGGCAACUGGUCAUGGAUGACACCCGAUGAAGUAGUCAAACACGCGGUGGACUUUAAGAGGCCUGUCUAUGAAGAAGUUUUGAAAGUUUUUGCACCUUAUCUUCAGUAACAUUCUCAAGCAUUUAUUGUUCAUGAGGCUUGACUACAUGCAUUGUUUAAGCUGGUAUUAGAUCAUUUACCGUUAUAGUGGUUGUUGAAGUUGAGCUUAUAUCUUUUGGUAACAUAUUGAAUGCAGUUUAUGAACAAAAA